UUGUCUGCAGAAAAGGCGUGCAAUGGCAUGCUGAAGGCACUGUCAUGGCCUCCAGCCCGAAUGUGCGGAGAGUGCAGCGUUGGUGGAGCAACUGAGCGGCAUUGUCCAAUGAGGGGCAUCGGGUGGGUGGUGCAACAAAUACUCCUCCUUUCCUAUCCCCGCCAAGCUUGGUCCACGUCCGCCAACGCAUCCUUUCUCAAUCACGGCAGGCCACGUUCAACAACUGAGACGGCGUCGCAAAGCGCGCAUGCUAUGCAUUGACCUGCAGCUUACAAGCAACUUUCACAAUGUCUGGAUCCGCCGCCCCUCCAAACGACCCGCCCGUUCCCUUCGAGGCGCCCCCACCCUCGCAACCCUCCGCCCACCCCCCCAACAACGACCAACAUGGCUCAGAUGCCCCUGAGUCGAAUGCCAUCCCGCAGCCAUUGACGCCUGCCACGACCACUAGACAGUCGGUACCUCUGGGCGUCUUCUCGACCCUCCUGGCCAACAACACCACGUCCACGCUCAGUGCCCAGCCCAUCCUGUCCGACGAAGCUGUCCCGGCGAUUCUCAUCCACGCGCAACCCUCUGAUGCACAAGAAGGCCCUACUGACCUCGCAGCGAGCUCAUGUUCAGUGCCUAGUGCGACUACCACAUUGACCAACACGCUGCCCCCGACCCAGUCCGCUGCCCUUCGCGCCCUCAAUGCCCCCGCCUUCCACUCGUCGCCUUCCAAGAGCAAGUCUGCAAAAUCCACGUCUAGCCGAACAACCGUCACUAGCCAGCCUGUCGUGGUACGCACGUACUCGGGUUCACGGCAUACCUCACGCCCGGGCUCCGGCUUCAACACCCCACGCUCGUUUGCAGUGAGUGGAAACAUGCCCACCUCAGCACUGACGGCCGGUCUGGCGGGUAGGAGCGAGCAGCUGCCCUCUGCGGAUGACUUUUCCUUCUCAGCCAUCCUCCGCGCUGUCGAUCCCGAGAUUCGAGAUGCCAUCGAUGCCAUUGCCGAGAUCUGUGCGAAGAGCAGGAUGAGUCUGGCAGAUGAGUAUGACUCACAUCUUCCCCCACAGGGCGAGAUCACUGGGACUGGACCAGGCUGGGCUGUGAGCACUGGAGCGCUUGUGGGGCGAGGCCGCCUGAACAGAAUCAGCCAAGGAUGGUCUGCCGCGGACAAUACGCUGAUGGCUGUGCCUGAAGCCAGCAGCUCUAGCGAAAGGCUGGCACAAGAGGGAAAAGCAGAGAGCAGCAAGAAACGAAGCCAGUCAGCAUACGGCAGCUUGAAGAGCGUCAUCAGUGGUGGCAGUGGCAAGAGAAAAGCAAUUGAUGGUGACACCUUCCGCGAGCAAGAGGGUAGCAGCUCAAAGCAAGCCGAAACGCAGAACCGCGGUCCUCCUUGGGCAGUCCAGGCCUCAGGGUCAUCUUCCCAUCCAGCCAUUACUCUCGCUGCACCUACUGCUUCGAAGUAUCUCUCGCUCGAUACGUCAUGCGCUAUGCAAGACAAUAUCGAUUUCUCAGUGCAGACAACAGACACUCAGCCCCUCAACGGGAAUCCACGAAGACCCUCCUCGCAGCAUCGCAGACAAGCAAUGCGCAGCCUUCCAGCUUCACGGCUCCGUGCAGGUACCUUGGGCUCCUUGAAAUCAUGGCUGCCAUGGCCUCGCCCAUCCGAUCUCAGCGAGAGUAGCCGUCAAGAACUGACACGAGCCGAAGACCGACUCAGGGAGAUGUUGAUGUCUAGCCAAAAUCUCGGCAAAGGUAAAGCCACCGUUAGCGCCGCUUGAAUACGCAGUAUAUGUGGAGGGUUUUGCAGAUUAACGAGUCAUCGAUGCCCUGUUUUAUUUUCCAUACAAAUAAAGAUACC